AUGGAUGUGCUCUUCCCUUCAUGUGUUGGCAUCGCCGUGCAGCAUGCACCGCAUGCAGGACACUUUUUCUCUUUCACCUUUGCUUUGCCACUGAUAGUUAUAGACCCGUUCCCCAGUGCAGGGUCCCACUGCAUGAUAAAACGAAGACAACACACAGAUGUGUGCUACUACUCCCAUGAUCGGACAGGCAUGAAUAGGCUUCAUCCACUGCAGCUUCUGUUGGCUUACGAGGAGACUCGCUGUCCGUACGACCUGCCGGGGGAAAAGGAAAGAAGACGCCUUGUUGGUUAUCCUUCAUGGACGGAGGCGGCACUCACUGCCUGGUCGCGCCAAUCAGUCAAAUACAGCGUGGCUGGGGAGGUAGAAAAGAGAUGUGAGGGGAGCAAAUCACCGGUGUUGUUGAUGGAUGGGGGAACGGGGCAACCGGAGCCUGUGGCCAAAGGUGCAGUGAAUACACCUACGAGCGGGGAAGCUGAAAAGGCAAUAAGGAUUACUGAAGCGCCCCUAUUGGUGAGGCUGGUGGCACGCGAAGUUGUGGCGGCAUCCCGCCUUAUUGACGACUCGGCGACAAGUGAGGACGCAAUGGGUAGCCAAGUUGAUGGUGUGUUUACUUCUCAUUGCAAACCGGUACGCUCAACUGAGUCUCAUGCGCUUGAAAAUCGAAGUGCCAACCCUGCACGGGAGUUGCUCAGAGUGAAACAACCGGCGACACGAGACAUUGGGGUUGGCAGUGACAUAUGUGAUCCCGGUAAAGGCCCUGCUGAGGAACGGGAAAGUUCCGGUCAAACGCGGCAAAGUGCCGUAGAGGACAUCAUGGUGGCACAAGGGAAUCAAGUGGGUGAUCUUCUUUCAAACACCGUGGAACGUCUCUACGCAAAGCUACAGGGGACCGCGCUAAAGGUCGUUGCCAUUGAUGACCUAAAUCGACAAUUAACCGAGAAGUUUGAAUCCUUAAAACCGAGGGACCAUGUGGAGGAUAAGACUGAACUCAGCAUAUAUCUGUAUUCUCUUCGUCGUCAGGUAGAAAACCUGAAAAGGGAAUGGGAUGUCCAUAAAACUGCGCUGGAGGCAUCGGAGCAGCGGCUACGAGGAAACAAAACGGAUCCUUCAGAGCGGACGGUUCGGGUGCAAAUUGUGAAAGACUACGAAACGCCCCCGGUUCCUUACAAAAAGGGACCGUUCAGGCCGCUUGUUAUACCAGCAGUCGGAAAGGAAGGGGAAAAGAAGAGCUCAGCCUCAUAUUCAGAUAACUCUGAGUGGACCAGUGAGUCUUCAAGCUCGGUGCCCGCCUCGUCGCGCAGUGUUGUGUCGUCUUCUUCGUACACAUCGACUUCCUCUCAACCAACGCCGACGUCUUCGUCUACAGACCACUCUUCCUCGUUUUCCACACUGAAUUCGUCACCUUCUCGGCGAACGUCUUCGGUUAGCUUCUCAUCGGAAGAAAUCGACUCUGGAAGUACUCUUAGUUAG